CCGCGUGCGUGGCGCAUGCGUAGAACGCGGUGGGAAGGCCGGUGGUGUACGGGAGAGGGGGAGGAGCCGGAGUCGCGCUGGUUUCCUGGAGGCGUCGUAAACUUGACGGUUUUUAAAUCGCGCUUGGUCGGGAUGGACGCCCGCGCGCGUGCGAAGCGCUACGAGAAGUUGGCCUUCCUGGGCGAGGGGCAGUUUGCUACAGUUUAUAAAGCAAGAGACAAGAAUACAAAUCAAAUUGUUGCUAUUAAAAAGAUCAAACUUGGGCAUAGAUCAGAAGCUAAAGAUGGUAUAAACAGAACAGCCCUUAGAGAAAUAAAACUACUGCAGGAGCUUAGCCAUCCAAAUAUUAUAGGGCUUCUUGAUGCAUUUGGACACAAAUCUAACAUUAGUCUAGUAUUUGAUUUUAUGGAAACUGACCUAGAGGUUAUAAUAAAGGAUACUAGUCUUGUGUUGACACCUUCUCACAUCAAAGCGUACAUGCUGAUGACACUUCAAGGUUUAGAAUAUUUACAUGAACACUGGAUCCUUCAUAGGGAUCUUAAACCAAAUAACCUGUUGCUAGAUGAAAAUGGAGUUUUGAAACUGGCUGACUUUGGUUUGGCAAAAUCUUUUGGAAGUCCUAACAGAGUUUACACACACCAAGUAGUAACAAGGUGGUAUCGAGCUCCUGAGCUACUGUUUGGUGCUAGAAUGUAUGGUGUAGGCGUGGAUAUGUGGGCAGUGGGCUGCAUAUUGGCUGAAUUGCUUCUAAGGGUUCCAUUUUUGCCAGGAGACUCUGACCUGGAUCAACUCACAAAGAUAUUCGAAACCUUGGGUACUCCAACAGAGGAGCAGUGGCCUGGUAUGACCAAUCUUCCAGAUUAUGUGACUUUUAAAAGUUUCCCUGGAAUGCCACUUCAUCACAUCUUCAGUGCUGCUGGUGAUGAUUUGCUAGAACUGCUGCAAGGCUUAUUUACAUUUAAUCCUUCUACCAGGGUCACAGCUACUCAGGCACUAAAACAGAAGUAUUUUAGCAGUCGGCCAGCACCAACACCUGGAAGCCAGUUGCCAAGACCCAAUUGCCCUGCAGAAGUCUUGAAAGAGCAACAAAACCCAGCUCCAAAUUUGAAAAGGAAAAGACUGGAUGGAAUAGAUCAAGUGGAAGACAGGAGUGCCUGGCGUGCUCUGGUCCAUGGGGUCACGAAGAGUCGGACACGACUAAACAACAAAACAACAAAACAACAACAACAACAUGGUUUAAUGUUAGUACGCAUGUAACACUAACAACUGUUGGUUCCCCAAAGGGAGAGAAUGUGUUUAUGAUAUGCCAAGCAUGAUUUAGAAGAUCAGGUGUUCUUCCAUCUGCCUGAGAUGCAACAGUUGUUCUGCCAUUGUAAGCAGGGAAGUCUAGGCUUGACAAAUCCUUGUGCAGUGCACCUAACAUGGGCAGCUGUCUAAGUGGAGGACGUCAGCUAUGCUAUUUUCAAAUGAGACUUUUUGAUGAAUGAUGCUUCAAGAACCUGGCAAAAGCCCAGAGAUUCUUCCUUAUCUGUUCCAGUCCCAAAACCUAUAACCUUUGCUGGCAGAUGGUUACAGAUCUGAGAAGAGCAGAGAAGUAUCAUGGACAGGAAGCAGACUGUAUUGGAGACACAGUAGGGACACUGGAGACACAAAGAAUACUGAAGCAGUAUUCUUUCUCUACACACCCACAGUUGAAAUGGAAAUGGACAGUAGAGUUUGUUCUCCAUAUGCUAGCCCACAUUUUGACACUAACUAAAACAAUGUAAUUGUGAUAAAAGUUUGAAAUAGGUUAGGCACAAGCAAUCUUACUAUUGCUGAAAGACAUAAGAAAAAGAAAGACAAACUGAUGUGCAUUAAACUUACCUCUCUCU